CAGGAGGUUUACCUCCGCGGGGCACAAGGUCGAUUUUGUCUCGUUAUUGUGUCAACUCCAGAUUCCCCGAUUAUGUCUCGAUAGUCAUAUCAUACAUUAGAUGUGACUCCACUCUUUGAUGGUCCUGAACCUCAAGUGGAACGUAGAGGCACGUUUGGAAUGUGGGCACAAAAGGCCACAAUUUCAUCCAGCCCUCUUCGUGAGGGUAAACCAGCGAGGCCAGAACUGGCGGCCCAGAGUCAUAUGCCAGAACCCACUCCAGGAGCCGUCUUUUGCCAGGCACUCCAAGGCCGUCCCAGCACUAGCUCGCUCUCUUCCACGGCAUACAGUAGCAUGAGGACGGGUGCCCACUAGCGAUAGAGUUCACGGCUCGGUCCCUGAAGCUGGCUGCACCUGGUUUUCGACGGACCGUCUCUAGGGGCCAAUAUAGUAAGGGACAACGCACUUGGGCCCGCCCAACCACAACUGCCGGCACCGCUUCGCAAGAGUGGUCCCUGGAUGGUCCCUGGAUGGUCCCCGGAUGGUCCCUGGAUGGACGCUGGAUGUGCUCAAAGAAGGGUGUCUGUUGCAUGCC